GUUUCUGCCAUCCUCAUUUUCUGACCAACCUCAACUUAAACCCUACGAGUACAAGGAAGAAAAGCCUGUCCCUCCGUGGAAAUUCGCAGGAUUCUGUCGGUCCGGCGUUGCAAGAAUCUCUCCAUUCUGCAGUUUCCCAAGAUCGCCUCGAACCAACCACACGAAUCGGCUCGGGUCGUUGCCGGGUCUCGACCUCUCUCGCUUGGGAAGUUUGUGCUGUACAGGCAAUAUGGCUCCUGCAAUGAAAAUUGUGUUCGGGCUGCUGACGUUCGUCACUGUAGGGAUGAUCAUCGGUGCUUUUCUUCAGUUAGCAUUCAUUCGACGGCUGGAAGACUCAUAUGGCACGAAGUUUCCAUCUUUUAAAGGAUCUCGCAAAAUUCAGCAAGAUGGCUAUCUUAAGUUACCUGGAGGCAUUUCAUUAUGGAAUGAUAAAGAAGCUGAAACCUUGCGCCUUGGUUAUGUCAAACCUGAGAUCAUUAGUUGGUCACCCCGAAUCAUUGUACUACACAACUUUUUAAGCAUGGAGGAAUGUGACUAUCUCAGAGGCAUUGCCCGUCCGAGGCUUCAGGUUUCUACAGUGGUGGAUGCAAAAACAGGGAAGGGAAUCAGGAGUGAAGUUAGGACAAGCUCUGGUAUGUUUCUGAAUCAUGCAGAGAGGAGAUAUCCUAUGGUGCAGGCAAUUGAAAAGCGCAUCUCUGUCUAUGCUCAAGUUCCUAUAGAGAAUGGGGAGCUCAUCCAAGUCUUAAGGUAUGAAAAGAAUCAGUAUUACAAGCCACACCAUGAUUACUUCUCUGACACUUUCAACUUGCAGCGUGGUGGUCAGCGAGUUGCCACAAUGCUUAUGUAUUUGAGUGACAAUGUGGAGGGAGGAGAAACUUUUUUUCCUAUGGCUGGAACAGGUGAAUGUAGCUGUGGUGGAAAGAUGGUCAAGGGCUUAUCAGUAAAGCCACUGAAAGGAGAUGCAGUGCUCUUCUGGAGCAUGGGACUAGACGGUCAAUCGGAUCCAAAGAGCAUACAUGGAGGAUGCGAGGUUCUAGCUGGCGAGAAAUGGUCAGCUACUAAGUGGAUGAGGCAAAAAGUUACCUCCUAAUUUGAUUUCUGAGUUAUUAGAUUACACGGGGGGUGGAUUUUCUUGCACAUUCGUCACCCCGAUAGAAGCAUCAUAAAUUAACAUAAUAGGAAUGGAGUUUCAUUUAGAUGACAGAUAUGAAAUAGACAGAGCGAGGAUAAUAUAGCGAUGAAGUGUUCUAAAGGUGGCAAAAUGGAUCGUGGAACCCUAUUUUUUGAACUUAAUUCUUUUUGUUCCAUGGAAUAUGGGUCGUGUCGGGUCAUCCUAAUUUUUCCCUCUGCUAAGCCGUCUGCUGGUACUGUAUCAGAGUGCUGUAACCCGAGUACCCGAAUCUUUCGUUGGCCAGGAACCGUAUGAAAGAGCCUAAUUUUUCCAUAUUGAA